UUAUUUUUCUAUUUUCAAGUACAAAAUGAACAUAUUUAUAAUAUGGAUUACCACGAUAUUUUGUGUUAUGGCUGAAUUUGUGCGGGAAGAAAUUAAUCCUUAUAUCGAAGCACAAAAGAAUAAUAAGCAGUGGCAAAGCGUUCACGGCUACGUGCAAGUCCGUCCAGGGGCCCAUGCCUUCUACUGGUUCUUCUAUGCAGAAGGGACAAUUGUUGAUGCUAGAAGCAAACCAAUUAUAAUAUGGAUACAAGGAGGUCCAGGCUUUGCAGCUAGUGGCAUCGGGAACUUUGCCGAAUUAGGCCCUUUAACCAUGGAUAUGCAACCCCGAAACCACACUUGGGUAAAAAAGAGAAACGUGUUAUUUAUCGAUCAUCCUGUUGGCUCUGGAUUUAGCUAUGUCACUGAUAAUACGUUAUAUGCAAAAACUGAUCGAGAAGUAGCUAUGGAUCUUUCAAAAGUUAUAAAAGUUUUCUUUAGAAGACACAAAACCUUUCGGAAGGCACCAACGUAUUUGUUUAGUCAAAGUUACGGCGGGAAAAUCUGCCCAAGAUUGGCAUUUUACUUACACACGGCAAUCGAGAAAAAGAGCUUAAAAAUGAAUUUUAAGGGAAUCGGCAUUGGCAGCGGUUGGGUAGAUCCAAAAGAAAGCAUAUCAGUGCAACCUGACAUGCUGUAUCUCUCGGGGGCGAUUGAUCGAAAUUUAUAUUUGACGUCAUCAAGACUAGCUAAGAAGCUCGUUCGGUCUAUAGAAACAAAUGAUUCUGCAGCGGAUCAUUUAGACGAGGUUCUCUUUAGUACUUUUAACAAUCAGGGAGAAAUUAAUUUUAAUAACGUCUAUGCUCCUAGCCCUUACCCGGCGUUAGAAGAACUAGAACAGAAAAUGAACAAAUAUGUGAAACCGACUUUAACUGGAGUUAAUCAAACUAGGAAUUGGUCGUUUCUAUCGCUGAAAGCUUAUCAUAAUUUGAAGCAAAGCUUUUUAGUGCCUUCGGUUUCUUUCUUGGAAUCCAUUUUAGAUCGCACGAAGUUGAAGGUCGCGAUUUAUAACGGAAACUUAGAUGUUGUCACACCUUUGGGCGGAGCAGUCAACUGGGUGCAUAAGUUAAAUUGGCACGGCGCUGGAGAAUUCGCUUUAGCCAAGAGGCAUCCGAUACGUGGACGAGGAAAUGGGUAUUAUAAGGAGGCGAGGCGGUUGAGUUUUUGGUGGGUCUUUGGAUCUGGACAUUGGGUACCUGAAGAAAAUCCUGAGGCAAUGGAACAGAUACUGGAUUACGUCAUAGAAGAUACGAAAAAUACGAUGAAUCGAGAAAAACCAACACAAAAUAACAUUUAACAUAUGAAAA